GUCAAAAUUGACACCUCAAAUUCCCACUGGUCCAAUAACCCAAAAUAAUAAAACUCAAUAAAUAAUGAAAAUUCAAAAAAAAAUUAAAACUGCUUAUUAAAGCUCUCGCAUCUUUUUACACAAGACAGUUUUUACAUAAUUAAACCAACAAUAUGGUAAUAUACGGAAUCUACAUCGUUUCAAAGUCAGGAGGGCUGAUCUUCAAUUACGAUCACACCGUACCGAAAAUAGAGACUACCAGACGUUUCACUUAUCCCAUAGACCUAAAACUAAACUACGAAAGUAAAAAAAUAUCCGUGCAAUUUGGCCAAAGGGAUGGAAUUCACGUGGGGCACGUUCUCACCGCUAUAAAUGGUAUCCAGAUCACCGGAAGGCAGUUGGACGAUGGCAAGGAUGCAGUGGAAAUACUGGAAAGCAAGGAGAACUACCCAUUAACGUUAACAUUCGAGCGUCCCAAAAUGACUACUAACGAGAAAAUAUUCUUAGCCAGUAUGUUUUAUCCCUUGUUUGCUAUAGCAAGUCAGCUGAGUCCCGAACCCAAGAGUUCUGGUAUUGAACUGUUAGAAGCGGAUACAUUUAAGUUGCACUGCUUUCAAACUUUAACUGGGGUUAAGAUAAUGGUGGUGGUGGAUAAGAAUCAGAUCGGGGCAGAAGUGUUUUUGAAGAGGGUGUACGAGCUUUAUGCAGAUUAUGCCCUGAAGAAUCCGUUUUAUUCAUUAGAAAUGCCCAUAAGGUGUGAACUUUUCGAUCAGAAUUUGAAAACUAUGUUAGAGCAGAUUGAUAAAGGGGGAAUAGCUAGUAUCUAGAGGAAUAAACCCCAAUAGUUUCAAGAAUUAACUAACAAGCAUUUACAAAAAAGUCAAUGAGAAAAUGAGAGGAACAUGUAACCAAGCAAAUUUCUGAAGAUCAUUAACACUUAUAGGAUGAGAUAUUCUAAUUAUGAAUGUAAAUUUAUUGGAUAAUAAAAUAUAUGGAUAAUAAAA